AAAUUACUCAAUCCAAACAUAAUAAGUUGUUUUCUUUCGCUUCGCUCUCACCUCUUCCACUCUCUCUUCUUCUUUUCCGCAAACUGACCAUUGCUUAACGCUGUGUUCUGUUGCGGCGGUUUUGAGGAGUGAUUUGAAAAGAAAGGGAAAAAUUAGGUAUCGAUGGCGGCUCAUUUGAUCCGAGAAUGGACUGGUAUUCAACAGUUCCCUACUGCCACCAAGACCAAAUUGUUUGAUUUUCUUGGAAAACUCAAGCAGGAGAAUGUGAGCACCUUGACAAUUCUUGUGAUGGGGAAAGGCGGUGUUGGAAAAUCUUCGACUGUAAACUCCAUCAUAGGGGAAAGGGUAGUUGCUGUCAAUGCUUUGCAGUCAGAAGGAACUAGACCUGUCAUGGUUUCACGCUCAUGGGCUGGAUUUACACUGAACAUAAUCGACACUCCUGGGCUCGUUGAAGGUGGAUAUGUCAAUGACCAGGCACUUGAGAUCAUCAAAAGGUUCCUUUUGAACAAGACCAUAGAUAUUUUGCUUUACGUGGACCGCCUAGAUGCAUAUAGAGUGGAUAACUUGGAUACGCAGAUUGUUAGAGCUAUAACUGAUAGUUUUGGUAAAGAAAUAUGGCAGAGAGGAUUGGUAGUCCUGACACAUGCUCAGCUCUCACCUCCUGAUGGUUUGAAUUAUGAGGAUUUCUCCUCUCAAAGAUCAAAGGCUCUUCUAAAAGUUGUUCGUCUGGGAGCUCGGAUGAAGAAGCAAGUUAUGCAGGGUUCUUCUAUUCCUGUUUGUUUGGUUGAGAACAGUGGGAGGUGUAAUAAGAAUGAUUGUGAUGAAAAGAUUCUUCCAAAUGGGACUGCUUGGAUUCCCAAUCUAGUCGAAACAAUAGCAGACGUGGUUUCAAAUGGAGGCAGGGGCAUUUAUGUUGAUCUAAAGUUGAUUAAAGGACCAGACCCAAAUGAAAGGGGGAAGAUAUUGAUCCCUUUCAUUUUGGCAUUUCAAUACUUCUUUGUUGUCAAAUGGAUCCGACGAUGGAUCAAGGAUGAUAUGCCUCCUACUUGGGAGUAGCGGGACACAGGUUUGGCUAACUGCAACUUCUGAUUACUGUGAAAUUUUUUGAAUGUGGGCCCAAUUCUUCUCUCCUAAGCACAAUGUAUUCGUGUAAUCUGCGGCUCUUGGCUCUAUCUACUGUUUGAGGGAACUAGUUUUGUGUACUUCCCUCUAAUAUAGUUCCCUUCAGAUCCUUGCAGACCUUUCAUUUGGUAUUCUUGAAGAUCUUAUAUAUACAGGCUUAUAUUGAGUAGACGGUGUAUACACAUUCAAUUGGUAUGCUAUAAAAAUCAAAUAGUUAUGGAAAAAAGAAAGGAAAAAAAAAUUAUCAAAAUUUAUAUUUGAACAAAAUCUGAAGUAGUUAUAUAGAGGACCUGUGUUCUGGCUGCUCCCAUUAUAUAAUAGAAUAAAGAAAAAGUUGAUGACAA